UACGCUGUAGUGCCGUACGUGAAUGAAUGCGGUUUGCCUGGACCUCCUGCCUGCCUGUCCGCGAAAUCCUGAUGCCGGGUGCUGGCGAACAACUUCACCUAGAUCGAGCUCGUCAUAUUACAGCGAACAUUAGGGUAAGGUAGACGCUGGAUCUCCCCCGAGCGCGUUCGGCAUAUAUGUGCUGGAUUCCCGUAUUGCCUUUGGAAUUUGGGUUUAACGGCGGAGGAUUGAACCAGAAAGACGACAUUAAUGCGACAUCUAUAAAGAUCUCAGUCGGUAGGAGACCAAAAGGCACAAGGGUGAGACUAUCCUGCUGUCUUUUUUUCUGCAUUAGAUGGGGGAUAUAGGCAGAUACGACAUUGAAAUUCCGUAUUCGAGAACUUUAUCACCACCGGAAUUGUAUUCGAAUCUGGACAAGCUGUCUUUGUAUUCUCCAGGCUCUCCUACGAUGCAAGAUGACAUGUUGCUUGACAAGAGUGCAGGAAAACUGCCUAUGCAGCAGCUAUCUCCCAACCCUGACCAAAGUUCAGAUAACUCAGAAGAUUAUUCACAAAGUUCCAAGACAAAGUCCGGAGACUCGAGUCCUCUAACUGUACCAGAUAAGAGUCGAGCACACCCGCAAAUUGAUCACACAUCAAUAACAUCUGCUUUGUUACAGCAGCAGCAUCACCAUCAACUUCAGCAGCAGCAACAGCGGCAACAUCAUCAACAGCAGCAACAACAACAGCAACAACAACAGCAACAACAGCAGCAGCAACAACAACAACAGCAUCUUGGUCUUCAUCCUCACCAACCUGUCAGUUUGAGCCAGUUGCACCAACAAGAAUCAGCCAACAGUGUUAUCAGCAGUAACACAGCUGCAGUUUCCAGUGUAUUCAAUACCCCUAGUUUUUGGUCAACUGCAAAUAAUUCAGAUGAAACUUUCUUUCAGAACAUCCCUGCAAUGAAUGGGGCAAUGCACCAGUUUCAGAAUUUCCCUCUAAAUUCUUCUCCCUUAUUCAGUCCGACACUUUCUCCUCAAGCCCAGCUCAACAUGCAGCAGGCGGCUCAUAGACGCAGUCUACCGCCUCAGCCUAGCACUCCCCAGCAGAACCUGUUCCCCACAUCAAGCCAGCUUCAGCAGGCACAGCUACAAGCUGGAAACCUCCUCCUGGCAAACAAGCAUUUGAGUUGGAAUGCUGGUCAACCAACAUCUUGGAACACUGCUGCACAACAGAGCUUGCAGCAGCAACAGUCUAACCCAUGGGGCACGGUCGGAUCACCUUCGUCAGCUGCCCAGAACCAUCAUCGUCGAUCGAUGCCACCACUUUCAACCCCAACUGUUAGCCAGUCAACACCAAGCCCUAACUCUCUUGGGUUAUCACCUAACAAGAUAAAGGCCACCAGCAACCCCAUCAUCUCUCCUCCCAAGUUCCAUCGCAGUACUUCUCUCCCUGGAAAGAGCUUCUCACAGCCUCAUCUGCCUUCAACUGCAGGAUCUCACCCCACCCAUCAGGGACAGCAGCAGCAGAGGCAGAGCUAUGACUUUGGUAGAGAUGUUGGAGGAGAUGCUACUCAGGCAACCCAGAAUGGCACUCAGAAUGGAACUCACCAUCUCUCGAAUAGCACACUGUUUCCAUUCCAGGAUAACCCUGGUCAUCAGACACAGAACACUGGCAUGGACCAUCUGAAACUGGCCUCCCUGGAACAUCAGCUAUUUGACAUCAUGCGUGGCACAGACCAACCUUCAAUGGAAUUCAAUGCACGUGGUACAUGUGAGUAUCUGCCCAGUUGCGUGUGGUGUUGCUCCUUGGUCAUGCACAUUUGUUUACAUCUCGGCUUUAUACAUGUACAGAUAUUUAGACUGUACAUGUAUAACUAUUGAAAUGGUGGAUGCAUGUUAGCUGAUUUCUGAAGCGUUAAUCAACUUACAUGUUCAUGUACACUGUAGCAUGCUGUAAAAUCUAUGAAGUAUGAGUGACAGUGUACAUGUACUCCAAACAUGUGAGCAUGCAUCGCAAAUUGGUCUUCACUCAAUCACAGAGAAGUGGAAAAGUACAGUGUGUGUACAUUGUAAAUGUACACACUUAGAUUUACAGGUCACUAUUUCUAUGAAGUGCCCAGGGUGACAAAAAUUGAUGACAAUUAGAAACAAAUAUUUUGUAACCCAAUCGGAAUCGUUGAUCUGAAUUGUUGGUUAUUUAUCUGCUCCAAACUGGUGAUGGCGAAUUUCCAUAUUGUUGUAUACUACUUAAAAAACCACAUAAAUUCUAUGCACAAUUUGAAUCUGUUGGUAUGUUUUGUUUGUCCUCGCCACCUUACCAUUGGGGUUCAUCAUUUGUAUGUUAGUCUGAGAGUUGCACGUGCCAGACAAUUUACCACUUUCCUGUGCCCUUAAUGAUUGCUUCUGCCUACUCAUAUUUAGUCACAGGAAUGAGGGGGGUUUAGGUACCGUGGUAGGUUUUUCCUGGGAUAGAAAUGGAGCAACAAACCGUGCAGUACACAGGCUCAAUGGGCCCAUUUCCAUCAGCCAGAGUUGGCAAAUUAUCCUGCUAUUUCUUAUCCCAAUCAAAACAUUUCAAAUCUAAUGAUGUUACACCUGAAUAUCUAGGCGUUAUUGUGGGAAAUUUCAUUUAUUUCAUCAGGAGCAGCCCAUGUAGUACAUCCUCAGGCCCGGGGGUGGGGGGGGGGGGGGAAGGGGCACUCAGUAUAUAAUGCGUGGUGGGUAUGUAGGGACAGUGAUUUUCCGCGAUCACGGAAAACUGACGGAAAUCACGGAAAAGGCAUUUUGAAACGGAAAGUUGCAUUUCAAAUGGAAAAUCACAGAAAACAUAUUUUUCCUCAAAAAUACACAGAACAGCAAUAGAAAUUACUCAAAAUCUUAACAAAUAUGAAUAUUAAAUGGCCACAAAACCCCAGAAAACACGAUCUCACUUCGCUACAAUCAUGACAAUUCACACAUCGUGACUGCACUCGACUUCAUCUCACUCGCCGCCCGUACCCGGCACCAGCCCGGGCGGGGUUGUAUUGGGCUUAUCGAAAACAUUCACAUGCACACGCUUGAUUUCAACAACACGGUCGUGUGUUGCUGCCCUCUAUGUUCAAAGAUGUAACAGCAUGAUAUCGGGGUCUUGAAAUCCAAAAUGGCAGAUAGGCGAAACUCGUUGACUGCUGGAAACGAUGUCCAAAAAAACCCCAAAUUAUUGAUAAAAAUUGAUAAAACCGUAAAAUAAUGCUAUUAAUUCGGAAGGUGAGCCUGAGGAUGUAGUUAUGUUAAAUACGUUUGUCAAAAUAUUUUGUGUACCCGCAUAGAUCCGAUUAGAAUGGAUUCUAUUGCGUUGCUGGUACAGUGGCAGAUACAAAUUUUGACUAGCGCGAGUGUGAUAUUGCUAUUCAAUGGGUAAACGGAAUUCCCCUUUUUUUAUGUACACAAAAAGUCUAUGGAGAAACAGAAUUUUCUGUUUCUGACAUGCUGAAACGGAAUUUGAGAUUUUCUGAAACGGAAAAGGCAAUUUUUUGAAACGGAAAAUCACUGUCCCUAGGUAUGUGCCGCGGAGGGGACCCCCAUUUUUACACUCAAAAUUCUGUUCCAAGGCAUAGCAUUUUUAUCUUAUUGAGAAAAAGAACAGAGAAAGCCACUCCAAAGCAUAGCAUUUUCUUCUUAUCGAGAAAAAAUAAAUCUGUUCCAAAGCUUCUCAUAUUUUUUGUUACGCCGUUCCGGCUGCAUUGAUCCACUACAUUGAGCUGCAAUUUUGGUGAAAAGCGGCCGCAGAGAGAUGUCCGUCCAUCGCCUAUGCUCAAGCGCACCCGGUGCCCGUACCACCGGGCUAGCUGCAUGCACGUAUGCCCGUUCAAUAGGGAUGCAUAUGCACUCACACGCAGCAGACCUUCAUUUUUGAGGAGCGCGAUCACCAUGGAAGUCUACAUGUGGGACUACAUUAUUUACCGAGUGUAAGUUCAAAUCAGAGUUGGGAAAGAAGUGAAUAUUCUUCAUUUUUCUGAUAGUUUUCAACUAUAUCAAAAUAAUUUCAAGGAAUUAUGGAAAAUAGAUGGCCAUUUCAUGGAUUUAAAGAUGUAAAAUGUGAAAUUUUAGCAAUUUUUUUUAUUUUUUUAUUUUUUUUUUAGCAGGAGCGCGAUAUUUUGUAAACGUAUUGACCCAGGCCUAGUUUCACCACAGAUUAAUUAAUAGCUACACAGCUAUUGCAUAUAUACGAUGUUAAUAAAAAUCUACAAUUUAUCAUACAUGUAUUGUAUUGAAUUGAUUUGAGCUCCUCAAGGAGAGCGAUUCUGAGGAGCUCAAUUGAGCUCCUCAAAAAAAUAAGGAGAGCGAUUUAUUGAGCUCCACAAAAUUAUAAACAUGAAGGACUGACGCAGGCGACCCGUUUUCACAAACAUUUUUAGUUCCGAAGCCCGUUCCGAGGACCCUCCUUUUUACAAUAAGCCCGCUCCGUUUUUUGUCUCGCCUGCGGCACAUACCUACCACUUUUUUGGUCAAGUACCUCCCCCCCCCUGGGUCCUCAGGAAAGCAACAUGAUAGUUGCGCAACAGGCAAUUUUAGAUGUACACCCAAGGCAAUCACAAUAGGUUGUUUCAAACCGUGUUGAUCACAAGAAUCCUGUUUAAUUACGAAAACUUUUUCAGGCUAAAAAAUACCGAUAAUUUAUUUACGCAUUCACACCGCCCUGAAUCAUACCCUUUAGGGAAAGUUCUUGAAGUUAUGAGCAUGCACAGUAUGGUCUGAUAAGCAGGCAAGGCGCGAUAUUCAAAAUCGCUAGCUCAGCAGCAACCAACAGUGCCCACGCCCAGUACAUGCUGGGCUAAGAAAGUUCCUGUAAUUUGCUUUCAUGCUGCUGAAAUACCUGCGACCUUGGAAAAAUCCCUGAGAAAGUUUUCGUAAAUUUGACAAGUACCUACUAUUUAGCGGGUAUUUUCUUUUGGAGAUACAUGUAUUACGUGUAAAUUCCUUUCUCACUGCCAAAAUACCUGGAACUGACAAACUUUGAGGCGGUCUGAAACCACUUACUGUAUUCAUUGCCUUUGGUUAAUGUGGGCCCUGACUGAAAUAUUACAAGCCGGAGUCAAACUGGGAUUUUUUGUCCAGUAACUAGCAGUUUGGUGACUUAAUUCAACUUCACAACUAUUGCACGCAUACAUCAAUGGGCCCAAAGGCCAAGGGCCUAUGCUCAGACCAGUAGUCCAUGGACUGGACACUCACAUUGCAAAAUUCAAUUCUUUAUAAAGUCCUUUUUUG